AUGGCGGGGCGAGCUAGCAGCGGGAGUCAGUCCAGUGUUGCGGAGCAGACAAACGAUCGACAGGAAUACCUAACGAUCGCCUGGCCGGCUGGUCUUCUAGGCUACUGUGUUAAUCUCUCUGGAAUAGAUUCGAAUCAUCAGAUCCAAAUCAGUCAACAUGACAAUGUCUGCAUAGUGAAGAAUGAACUCCUUGCUGUCUUGAUUACAUACUCAGCCCCGAACCUCCACCGGCACUGCCCGCUGCUGGAAAUGCUGCGCUCCCCCGUCACCGUCUCUCCAGAGCGCUCAGCCUCUCGACCACCGCUCCCUCGUUCCUCUUCUGACUUCGAUGACGACCCAGACCGUCCAGGCUCCUCCGGAAGUGAUGCCUCGUCGGUGAUCUCAAAUGCGACUGCAUUCCAAACCACCCCUCAUCGCCGCGACCGCGACCGCGACCGCGAACCGGAUCCGUCCUACUCCCCUCGUACCGUUCUUCGGACACCACCCACCGAAACUUCAGCCGCAGCCUCAGCCUCAGCGCAAGGCCCAGGGCAUCCCCCGACUUCAUUCAUGCCGCAUCAUGAUCCUACGAGCAGAAAGCCGUCUGGACGAGUCUACCCGUCGGACCUGCACAAGCGCUCGCGGCACCACUCGCAGGGGUUCUUCGAGCCGUCCCUGCCCACGGCUUCGUCAUCUGACGCGACGCUUUCAGCGUCUAGGAUAGCAGCUCAGGCUGCUAUGCAAAGCCAGGGUCAGCAUUCGUCUUCUACGAUCCCUCAGGUUCCUCCGAAACGGGCUGUGCAGGGACAUGGUUCAGACAACGGGUCAGGAUCGGUCUCACCACCUCCCCCGAUUCCGGCUUCCCAGCCGCAGAGACCCGGGUCUGCAGGCUCGCCAUAUCAGAACUCGAAUGCCACUACCGGAGGGCAUGGUGUAGGGCAGGCUGCGGCGACGACGGCUGCCAACCAUGUCUUUCCACGGCUACCGCCGCCGGGAGUGGAAGCACAUCCUAAUGAGCGAGAACAUAAGAAGACUGAGAAGGAGAAGUCGAAAAUGAAGCUUUUUUCGAAGCCGAAGCAUAUUGGCAUCAGUCGUGAUAAGGACUUUAAGGACAGGGGACUCCCGUCACCGAACAAGAUUUCCGGGCUGACACGGAUAGUCAGUGCGUCUGCGACGAAUCUUGCGGAUAUCUAUCCGUCGAAUAACUCGUCUAUGUAUAGCCUGUCGAAUGCAUCGGCGAGCACUGUUGUACCGGCUGAUAAGCCUUCGGUACCUGAGAAAGAGAAAGACAAGGAAAAGGACAAAGAAAAGGACAAGGAAAAGGCCCACCGGCAUCAUCAUUUCUUGUCGCGGCAGAAGCUGAAGCUGAAGGAUUUGAAAGAUAAAGAUGAUCAUUACAACCUGCCGCUCUCUUCUGCGGCGAGUAACUCCAGACCGUCAGACCCUAAUGCUCCGCAGUCACUAUACUCUUUCACUCCGGCUUCCCCGAGUGCUACUACUACUUCUUUCAGCAAGUCUGUAGGCGGGUUGGAUCUAUUACAUGGUGGGCGAGCGCUCCGCGACAAGAAGAAGGAAGAGAAGACGCUUGCAGAAGAACAGCCGGAAUGGUUGGCGAAUUCGACAGUCGCUGGGGCAGCUACUGCAGGGUUUGCUGGGCCGUCAUCGUUAGGAAGUACUGGGGGCUUCCUCACUGAGGCUGUUGUACGGGAAACGUUACAAGGCUUUGGUCUUCAUAAUAUGAGUCCUGAAGAUGCAUGGGACUUCUUAAAAGCAAAACUGUUGGUGAUUUUCGACGGCGAAGAUGUUCGCAUUGCAAUUGAGGAUCUGAACAAACUAGUGAUCAUCCAUAUUCAGCGCUGCGUGCAGAGGCGUACGCCGACAGCUAUAGUCGACGAUCUACGCGGGCUGCUGGAAGCUGGCUUUGCCACCUUGAACCAUACCCUCAACGGCGUACCGGAUGAUAAGCUGGUGCCCCAUCUCGUGCAGAUCUGGAUGCUAAUGAACAUACGAGAAGCAAAGAACUUCUGGAGCCUCGCGCUAGAUGGGGAAUAUCCCGGUUGCGAGCUCGAAGUCCGCAACCUCGUUCUUAUCGCCUUCCGCGACAUGGUCAUCAUCAACCGCUACGAUAACCUCAAAGCCACCUUCUCCCGCUUGAGCCUUGACAGCAUCAAGCUCGGCAACUCCGCCCUUAGCGUAACAACGAAAAGCAGUAAUAAUAGCAAUAACGGCCGCCCUACGACCUCCGCAUCCUUCGACGGCGGGUUUGGCAGUUACAGUUCCCAAUCAUCCACCUUCCUAAAUACAGCCGGCAGCUUUUCUUCGGAAUCCCCAGGAUACAACCGCAGUCGUGCUACCUCCAACACCUCCUCAAACCCCGACCAACUCAUCUUCCAAUCCUUCUCUUCCCCUUCUCAACGGCCCACGAUUAUCCACCGCGCAAACAACGCAUCAGAUACAUCUCACGUCAUCACCGAGACAGUCGGCCGCAUGCUCCAGUGCAUGAGUGUCCUCGCAAGUGUGCAGACCAACGAUACUGCGCAGGAACGAAUUGAGACACUCAGCAAAGAUCUCAAGCAUAACUGGUUGGGACGCGGCCGGACAGGAAGAGAUAGGCGUGGUUUUGUGGGGACGAAGAUUCGCCCGCCGAUCGUUGCACAGGCGAGCGAUAACUCUACUGAUUCUAAUAUGGACGAGUUGAGUUCCAAGAGGUUGCAGCAGGAGUUGAGUGUUUUGUGA